AUGUUGCAUUUGAAUGUAGCAACAUUAGAAAGUUGCAGCAGAUGUGAAAGUUCUAGGAUACUUUGUGCUACAUACAUUGAUUGCUUCACCUGGGAGGUUGACCAUGAAUUCACGAUACCCGAAAAUCUGUAUUUUGUAAAGACAAGCGCAUGGUGUAGCGAUCAAACAUUGAUGCGGAAUGCCAGGACAUUUGAUUCAUCGUUCUUUGCGUGGCCGCAAAUGUUAUUUAGAAAUCGACUUGAUUUCUCAAUCUUUCCAAAACUUCCUAAUCAAUCGCAGCUUCAAGAGUGGACCAAGAACGGUUUUGCGAAUCUGCUACGUCUCGCGCUAUUCAUAAGUAUGAAGAAAGAACCCAUACACAUCGAGUUCAAACCCGAGGAUGGGCCGCGCGCUGCUAAAAAUUAUCAACAGCGUUUUGGAUAUCGAGGAGAGUGGCUCAUUAAACAAUUGGGAAAUGGUCUUGAUAUUCGAUUGAAUAGACAACCUAUGCCUAAUACGUUUUUGAUGCCACCUCCAAUUCCCUUCAAAGGUGAUAGUAAUUUCUCCUAGUCCGCAACAAAUGCACUCAAAUAUAAUCGAUGUGAAACGAAACUGUGCAUUACGUUAACUUAAGCUAGUAAUAAAAUAGUUUUAGUAGAAUUAUAAAAAUAAAAAGUAAUCUAAGAUAAUUUGUAUUACUAU